AUGCGUUUGACAUUAUAUUGUGUCGGAAUACUUCUGUUGACGAUUUGCUGUUGGCAAUGUAUGGCAAGACCUAAACACGACAAAGUAUCAUCAAAAGAUGAGUCAAAUUCCAAAGAACAUUCUCAUUCCGAAGAGUACGACCAUUCCAAGGAACGUGGACAUUCCCAUUCCGAAGAACACGACCACUCCAAGGAACGUGGACAUUCUCAUUCCGAAGAACACGACCACUCCAAGGAACGUGGACAUUCUCAUUCCGAAGAACACGACCACUCCAAGGAACGUGAACAUUCUCAUUCCGAAGAACACGACCACUCCAAGGAACGUGGACAUUCUCAUUCCGAAGAACACGACCACUCCAAGGAACGUGGACAUUCCCAUUCCGAAGAACACGACCACUCCAAGGAACGUGGACAUUCUCAUUCCGAAGAACACGACCACUCCAAGGAACGUGAACAUUCUCAUUCCGAAGAACACGACCACUCCAAGGAACGUGGACAUUCCCCUUCCGAAGAACACGACCACUCCAAGGAACGUGGACAUUCUCAUUCCGAAGAACACGACCACUCCAAGGAACGUGAACAUUCUCAUUCCGAAGAACACGACCACUCCAAGGAACGUGAACAUUCUCAUUCCGAAGAACACGACCAUUCCAAGGAACGUGGACAUUCCCAUUCCGAAGAACACGACCACUCCAAGGAACGUGGACAUUCUCAUUCUGAAGAGCACGAUCACUCCAAGGAACGCGAACAUUCCCAUUCCGAAGAACACGACCAUUCUAAAGAGAAAGAACCACCAAAAAAGAAAAAUAAAAAGUGCAUGAAUGGAAAAAUUAGCAAACAAGAGACUGAUAUCGAUUGUGGAGGUAAGCGUUGUCCACCAUGUGCUGAUAAGAAGAAGUGUCGGGCUGAUCGUGAUUGUGCAAGCGGAUUCUGCAAUAAGGAUAACAGAUGUGCUCAAAGAUCAACAAAAAUGCCAUCGGUUACAACAACUACUCAAGGAACAACAACGACCGAAGAACCAAUGUCAACAACAACUGAAGAACCAAUGACGACAACGACCGAAGAGCCGAUGACGACAACCGAAGAACCAAUGUCAACAACAACUGAAGAACCAGUGACAACAACCGAAGAACCAAUGUCGACAACAACUGAAGAACCAAUGACCACAACCGAAGAACCAAUGUCGACAACAACCGAAGAACCAAUGACCACAACCGAAGAACCAAUGUCAACAACAACUGAAGAACCAAUGUCGACAACAACUGAAGAACCAGUGACCACAACCGAAGAACCAAUGUCGACAACGACCGAAGAACCAAUGACGACAACAACCGAAGAACCAAUGUCAACAACAACUGAGGAACCAAUGACGACAACAACCGAAGAACCAGUGACGACAACUGAAGAACCAAUGUCAACAACAACUGAAGAGCCAGUGAUGACAACCGAAGAACCAAUGACGACAACACCUGAAGAAUUACUUGCAGCGAUCGUGGAGGAAACAACACAAGUAUAUCCUGUUUGCAAUACUGUAUGUAAAAAUGGCGGCAGUUGCAUCGGCGACAAUGUUUGUAGUUGUCCAGAAGGCUUUAGUGGUUCACUAUGUGAAGUUCAAUCAACUGGUUUAUGCUUUGAUAACGACGAAUUUGUUGGAGAACCAAUUCUAAAAGUCACAUUUGGAAAGGGUUCGCGUCAGUUUUCUUCUGCCUUACCAUCUGAAUUCAAUUUUACUACAACAUAUAAACAACGACGAGAACCAGCCAUACAUGAUGGUCACUUUGCUUUGCUCAACUCCAUUUACAAUCAUAAUGAUGCUUGGCAUACUGGCGCAAAAGAUCAUACAGGAGACGAAGGUGGAUACAUGUAUUUAGUCAAUGCAAACUUUGAGCCAGGCCAAUUUUACAAUGGCAGAGUCGACAAUUUAUGCGUCGGUCUGCGUUACGAAUUUUCGGUUUACUUGGCUAAUCUCUGUAAAAAAUCAUGCAAAAUCGAACCAAACGUUCUCUUUGAAGUUCGUUCCGUCGAUGGAAAUGAAUUACUUGCUCAAUUGAAUUCAGGCAAUGUUCCUGAAACCAGUACAUUGGCUUGGAAGAAGUACGGUUUUUCGUUCGUCGCAACGAAAAGCUCAGUAAAUCUCUUAAUGAUUUCAAAUGCACGUGGCGGUAGCGGCAAUGACAUCGUCAUCGAUGAUGUUGCAUUACGUGUCUGCGCUCACAAAGGUUCCGGUUUCUGCCCCUCACAAUGA